AUGAGCGAAUCGUCCCCGGCUCGCCCAUCCACGUCCUCGCCCAAGGUCCGGAAGCGGCCUAGCACAUUGUUGGAAGUGUCUACUAUUGCCUCCAACCCUAGUGUGCUCUCGCUGGAUGAGCUGGCAGAGUGGGAGGAUUCGCUUGCGAGUCUGCAACGCAAACCCUCUGCCGAUGAAUUUUCUCGCAUUGUGAAUGAAAUUAGUUCGCACCGACGUUUAAAUGGUGGGCCAAGGCAUAGGAAAAGCCAUCAAAGCUUUGCUAGUAGCGAUGACGGUCGAAGCACCAGCAGUCGGUACGCUGCCAUGGAGGGCGAUACGUCAGCGCUGCCUCUGCGACUGUGCUGUUGUGGCCAGACUGAAUGCGAUGUGGCGCAACGUGUAUCGCAGCAGCUGCAGGAUAUGGAGUCGGAUCUGCAGCUGAGUGCCGAAAUUGGCCAGGCGCUGUUACAGCGCCAGGAUGCCAUUGUUCACCGUGCGCAGCAAGAGUCCGAAGAGCAUGCCCAGCAGCGCGAUCAGCUCCUGGGCCGCUUAUCGCAGAGUAUCAAAGAGACACAGCGGCUUGAGCACCAGCUCUCUCAAGCGCAAUUCAACUUGGAAGCCGCCGACCAGAGUCAGCAUGCGCUUCUGGCCGAAUUGGAGGGGGCGCGGCAACAGCUCAAGCAGAUGAAAAUGCACCGUGUCAAAGUCACGCAGCUCGAAGCCAGGCUCACCCAUGUACGUACUGAGCUUGAGGAUACCAAGGCGGAGCUUGCGGCGGAACGACGUCGACGCGUUUCUGCGGAGAAGAAGCACAAGCAGCUCAUGGUACAGCGUUGUUCGGAGCUAAGCGAGCGCCUGGAAGAAGAGGCCCAACGAACACGUUUUACACAGAGUACAGCUCAGGCGUAUGCAAGGGCAUGGGAGGCUGUACAGGCACGCUUGGCGUCGGCCCAUGUGCCAGAUCAGAGCGACGGCUCCUUGCCGGACGAUGCUCUGCGUUCGAUGGUGGAGGAACACGAGGCGUUGUGUCGUGACCACGAGCAUUUGCAGUCGCUCUUGCAAGCAGCGAACGACGAGGUAGCACAGCUCCAGGAAGCGGCCGAGAGUUCCAUGCCCCUUCCACCGGCGCUGGACAUGGAGCUGGCCAACUCUGUACGCGCGCCUUCUUCUUCUUCUUCGGUGCUCGACCCACCGUCGGGCAGUGAUAAGCUCUUGGACUAUGUACACGAGACGACACCCUCCCUUCACUCGCACGAAGAUACCCACUCGCACGACACUGGCUCCUUGCAUGCCUUUGGAUCAGAGCAUGGCGUCCCUGAUCCACCGCAUGAGACUCGGUCAGCCCUGCUUGGCUCCUUGAUGGAUACGGUAUCACGCACCUACACGAAGCUGCAACAGGCCGAUAUUGAUACACUUGCUACGCGUCUGCAACGUCAGAAACUGGCAGGCGAUGUAGCUCACUUGUCACGCACUACGAUCCAGGCCAAUAUCCGGGAUAUCGAAGGCAUGAAAGAGCAUUUCCGUGUCCUCCUCGAGAAAGAAGCUCGGCGUGGCACGUCGACACAGGGCAGCCUAGUCACGCGUCGUGACUUUUUUGCGCUGGUCAAGCUUCAUCGUGAAUCGUUGCUGGAGUUGGCACGCCUCCGACGCUGUGUCAAUGAUAUCCAACUGAAUCCUAGCCAGGCAUCCAAGCUGUUGCAUGAGCAUCUAGGUGCCAGCACAACUGUGAGCAGUCAACGCAGCUGGAUCUCACGCAUGCUCACAGGCGUGCUGUCCUCAGACACGUCCUCCUCGCCCGAUACCACACCCCCCUCCACCCCGUCGAUCAACGAAUCGGCCUUUGUGCGGUUUCCCACCUCGGAGCCUGUGGCGGCAACCACACCAUCCGCCUCCCUCCCUAUGCCCAUGUCUCGAGCUUUGCCUGAGCAUCGCACUGCCGCGCCGCCAUCUCGGAUGCUGCCUCGCGCGAGUGCGGCUGUGAUGUCCACGUCAGUAGCUGUGCACGUACAUGGCAUGCACUCCUCUGGCAAGCCAGGUAUGCUCAAGACCAAGGCAUCGCAGCCCAACCUCUUGCAACAGGCGGCCGGAGGCUCGCGUCGCGUAGUGUCGCAGACGCCCUCGAUGCCACCUGUGCCUGCAUGGCAUGAGCCCAUGUUACGUCCCCGAGCACGUGGCCUUAGUGACAGUUCGAUUCACAGCACGUUUUUGGAACAUGGUGCUACGUCCGAUGCGGCAGUUGACCGUGUGCUUACGCCAGCGGCACUCACCCUGUCGACCGACUAG